AUAAACAGAAGCAGCAGCAGCAGCAGCAGCAGCAGAUAAUAUUUAAUGUCAGAAUCAGGAGGAGGAAGAAGAGGUUAUUGAACAUGGUCAGGUGACUGUAAAAAAAAUAAUUCCAAAACCCAGAAAACAAAAGCAUUAAUUAAUUAAUUUGAGUAGAAAACCCUUAUUGUACUAGUAAGAAUUUGAAUAAAAAAAGCAAUUGUUUUUUUUUUUUUUAAUUCCCACUUGAAACCUUCAAGGCAAGAAAUGCCCUCUCUCUUGAAACGUUUCCAGGAAUAUAGGUGGGUGGACUGCAGAACUACAAAGUGUCAUGAGGGUAGGGAAUACUAGCAAGUGCAAUACUUGUCACGUGUACUCAUGUCGUCUGCCAGCUUAGGAAAUGGGGGGGUUGGAAGUUCCAGGUCCGUUAAUGGUUUCAAAAGUUCGUCUAGUUCCGUGGAUUGGCUGGGCAGAGAGAUGCUUGAGAUGAGAUUGAGAGACAAGGUGGACCAUGAUGAGGACAGGGAUAGUGAACCCGAUGUAAUUGAUGGUGUUGGUGCAGAAGCGGGACAUGUCAUCAGGACUACUAUUGGUGGCCGAAAUGGUCAAUCUAGGCAGACCGUCAGUUAUAUAGCAGAACAUGUGGUUGGAACUGGUUCUUUUGGUGUUGUCGUUCAAGCGAAAUGUAGGGAAACUGGAGAGAUCGUCGCCAUCAAGAAAGUACUUCAAGACAAGCGCUACAAGAACAGGGAGUUACAGAUUAUGCAGAUGUUGGAUCAUCCAAAUAUUGUAGCUCUUAAACACUGCUUCUUUUCUACAACAGACAAGGAAGAGCUCUACCUAAAUCUUGUUCUUGAAUAUGUUCCUGAAACUGUUAAUCGUACUGCUAGGACCUACAGCAGGAACAGCCAACGAAUGCCUCUAAUAUAUGUUAAACUCUACACCUAUCAGAUAUGUAGGGCGCUUGCCUAUAUACACAACUGCAUUGGUAUCUGUCACCGUGACAUCAAGCCUCAAAACUUACUGGUGAAUCCAUCCACACAUCAGCUGAAACUUUGUGAUUUUGGGAGUGCUAAAGUGCUGGUGAAAGGUGAGCCAAAUGUAUCUUACAUCUGUUCAAGAUACUAUCGUGCUCCAGAGCUGAUUUUUGGUGCUACUGAGUACACAACUGCUAUUGAUAUAUGGUCUACUGGUUGCGUGAUGGCUGAGUUGCUACUUGGGCAGCCUUUGUUUCCGGGAGAAAGUGGAGUUGACCAGCUAGUUGAGAUCAUUAAGGUUUUGGGAACACCAACCAGGGAGGAGAUAAAGUGCAUGAACCCAAACUAUACAGAAUUUAAGUUCCCACAGAUUAAGCCUCAUCCAUGGCACAAAGUCUUCCAAAAGCGUUUACCCCCAGAAGCAGUGGACCUUGUCUGUAGAUUUUUCCAGUACUCUCCUAAUCUGCGAUGCACUGCUCUAGAAGCUUGCGUUCACCCGUUCUUUGAUGAAUUGAGAGAUCCAGCCACCCGCCUUCCAAAUGGCCGCCCUCUUCCUCCACUAUUUAAUUUUAAACCUCAAGAGCUCUCAGGCAUAUCAACUGAUAUUGUCAAUAGGCUCAUUCCGGAUUAUGCUCGUAAACAGAACUUAUUCAUGGCUUUGCACGCCUAGGAAUCGAUACAACAACCUUUGUUCUGCUCAACUUCCACGCCAUUGUCUUGUAUUGAAAUUUGUAAAAAUUUUCUCCCUUGCCAUCCUCUACUUGAUGUGAGAAAGGGUGCUGCCAAAGGAGCUCGGAUAAUUUGUGAAACCUGAGGCGCUUUAAGUUUGCAUGUUGGUGAAGGUGUAUUUUUGUUAUUAUAUGAAGACAACUACAAUUUGUGAUGUAUAUUUAUGAUAUGCCCUCCAUUAUAGAGGAUUUUAGUGCUGGAUGAGAAGGUGGAGAAUGCAUGGUUUUUAGUUUAUUCUCUCA